UCUCGUGAAAAUACCCACUCACUCACACAAAUCACUCAUCUGUCCCUUGGCUCUGCUCUAGGGUUCUCUCUCUCAGUCCCCCAACUCCGACCCAAACUCAAGGUAAAGAUGCAAGCUGCGAUUAGGGCAUUUGUAUCUGGCGGUGGAAGUGUUGCCAAAUCUGCUGUCUUGCGUCACUUCCGUGUGAUCAAUCCGGCAAUCCAAUCUGCUGUGUUCUCUCGAUCUGAGUCAACUCAGCCUGCUCGGAUCGAGGAACACGGGUUCGAGAGCACUACCAUCUCCGACAUUCUGAAAGCCAAAGGCAAAAGUGCUGAUGGUUCCUGGCUUUGGUGUACAACCCAUGACUCUGUCUAUGACGCCGUCCAGUCCAUGACUCAACACAACGUAGGAGCUUUGGUGGUGGUGAAACCUGGUGAGCAACAAUCCAUUGCCGGAAUCAUCACAGAGAGAGAUUAUCUCCGGAAGAUUAUAGUGCAAGGGAGAUCAUCCAAAUCGACGAAAGUCGGAGACAUUAUGACUGAGGAGAAUAAGCUCAUCACUGUAACACCGGAUACAAAGGUUUUGAAGGCUAUGCAACUCAUGACAGAUAACCGAAUCAGACACAUACCGGUAAUCAACGACAAGGAAAUGGUGGGGAUGGUGUCCAUUGGAGACGUGGUCCGAGCCGUGGUGACUGAACACCGAGAGGAACUUGACCGCCUAAACGCUUACAUACAGGGAGGGUACUGAAAAGAGAUGGAUAAAGGUUUGAACUUUGCCGGUCCUUCAGCUUAUGCUAAAGCUUCUUUAGACCAAUCUUCAAUGUAAAUAUGCAGUCUGUGUAUUUUUGCUUGGAGAAUAAUGAAAUGGCAUGUGGGGACAUGCCAAAGAACCAUUGAUGAUCUUGCUCUUGUCUUGUGAAAGACUCUUUAUGUUUAAUGUUGGGGCUAUGUACUUUGUUUUAUGUCAUAGUCUUCAGGUCUUGUUUCUUGGUUUUGUAAUGAAUGAACUGAAAGUGGUUGGAUGAUGA